AUGGCAUCAGGACGCGGUCAUGGUAGUAUGUCAUUGAGCAUGAAAUUCCUCCGACUCCUUAUUGUUCUCUUUAAUAUGGCAUUUAUUGUUAUUGGUUUAGCAGUACUUGCUAUUGGUGUUUAUUGUAUUAAAGAUCCUCAAAUGCAAACACUUGGUGCCGUUCUUAAUCCUAACCUAACAUCAACAUAUUCUCAAAGUUUCGCAAAUUUUAAAGCAUUUGCAAUUGCAUUGGUUGCUAUUGGUGGUGUUUUAUUAUUUAUUGGAUUUCUCGGUUGUUGUGGAUCUAUAAAAGGUUUUCGAUUUUUACAUGUUAUGUAUGCAGUUAUUCUUGGUUUAAUAAUUAUUGCUGAAGUUGCACUUGUUAUUGUGUUUUUGGCAUAUCAACAACAAUUUCGAGCUAAAACGAUUCCUAAACUUCAAAAUGCAAUUGCUACAUAUUAUGUUGGUACACCCAUUGAUAAUACAACAGUUGUUAAUUCAGUUUCACUUUCAUGGGAUUUUGCUCAAUUUAAUUUACAAUGUUGUGGAGCUGUAGGUCCAUCUGAUUUUGUAGCAGCUAAAAAUUGGACUCGAACAAAUCCAUAUCCACCAGCUGCUCCACUAUUAGUUCCAUUUACAUGUUGUCCAUUAGGCGCAGCUAAAAGUUGGACACAACUACCAACAAAUUUAUCUUCAGCAGUUAACUGUGCAACAACAAGUGCAAAUGCUUAUACUGUUGGGUGUUAUGAUCGUUUAGUUAGUAUAUUUGCAACAUAUAAAAAUUAUGCUAUGAUUGUUGGUAUUAUUGUUGGUGUCAUAGAAGUACUUGCUCUUGUUUUUGCUCUUCUUCUCUUUCGUCGUAAAGAAGAUUACGAUACUUUGUGA